UCAAUCCUCCAUCCACUUCCAUCCUCUCAUACCAUUCUUUCCACUCCAUCCAACAUCUCCCCUCAGUCCUUUGAUCACUCGAUCUCCAGCCGUCAUCAUGAGCAACCUCCCCCCAAAGAAGGAGUCCGUUAUGGGCGUGUAAGUUUAAUCCUGUUCUCUCUUCCCCUUCGACAUCAACGCCGGGUCAAUUGGAAGCGCGACCAUCAACCAUCGAGACAUCUUCUGCCAUCACCGCUCGACCUCAAUAGAGCUCAAUUGGUGUCGGACAGUGGUUUAAUGAUGUGCUGGGUGGUUUGCUGGUGCCCUGGGAGCUUCGUUGUCGCUCAAUGGCCUCGAGUCAAAUUUUCGAUUCAACGCCAAUCAUCAUCUACGAGCCCAAGCUGACAUUUCCUUCAACAGUCCUCCCUUCGUUAUCGAUUUCUUGAUGGGUGGUGUUUCCGCCGCCGUCUCGAAGACCGCUGCUGCUCCUAUCGAGCGUGUUAAGCUGUUGAUCCAGAACCAGGUACGUUCGCAUUUUGUUAUGAUCUCCCAGCGCAAAUAUCUACAUCCUUGCCGGGCAUCCGUUUUGGGACGUGCAGAGACAGCGCCAAGAAAUCGAACAGCGAAUAUUUUGCCAUCGAUCUCAGGAUGCCUUUCUCAGCAUAACUCUGCCCAUUCAGGUAUUUAUCAUGUAGCUACAGCGGUGACUAACUCGCUCUUUACAGGAUGAGAUGUUGAAGACUGGCCGUCUUGACCGCAAGUACGAUGGUAUCGCUGAGUGCUUCAGACGUACCACUGCACAGGAAGGUGUCGCUUCUCUCUGGAGAGGAAACACUGCCAACGUCAUCCGUUAUUUCCCAACACAAGCCCUCAACUUCGCGUUCCGUGACACCUACAAGUCUAUGUUCGCUUUCAAGAAGGAGCGUGAUGGAUAUGCUAAGUGGAUGGCCGGUAACUUGGCCUCCGGUGGUGCUGCUGGUGCCACUUCCCUCCUCUUCGUCUACUCUCUCGAUUACGCCCGUACUCGUCUUGCCAACGAUAACAAGAACGCCAAGACCGGUGGUGAGCGUCAAUUCAACGGCCUGGUAGAUGUCUACAAGAAGACCCUCGCUUCCGACGGUAUCGCCGGUCUCUACCGUGGUUUCGGUCCUUCCGUCGCUGGUAUCGUCGUUUACCGUGGUCUUUACUUCGGAAUGUACGAUUCCAUCAAGCCUGUCCUUCUCGUCGGUCCUCUUGAGGGUAACUUCCUUGCCUCUUUCCUUCUCGGAUGGACUGUCACCACUGGUGCCGGUAUCGCUUCUUACCCUCUCGACACCAUCCGUCGUCGUAUGAUGAUGACAUCUGGUGAGGCCGUCAAGUACAAGUCUUCCCUCGAUGCUGGUCGCCAAAUUAUCGCCAAGGAGGGUUUCAAGUCUCUCUUCAAGGGUGCUGGUGCCAACAUUCUCCGUGGUGUUGCCGGUGCCGGUGUCUUGUCCAUCUACGAUCAAAUGCAGGUCCUGAUGUUCGGAAAGGCCUUCAAGUAGAGGAUGAAUCAUGUAGUAUAGACUGGUUGGGGGGUGUGGUGGCAGUUGGUAAUGGAGUGGAGGUUGUUUGAUGGUUGGUCGAUGUGAAGAUGUUGCGGCAGGUGGAAGUUGUUACAGACAUCCAUUGCUAUGGUGUUGAGCAACUCGCGGUGAUCUGGGUUGGGUUACCCUAAUUACCGCUGUACUUUAUUACCAAGGCAAUUUCCUCUGUUUUCCUCUGACUUGCUGCUGUUCAUCUUCGUUGGGAUCCUUCUUUCUUCAUUGGUCUUUUACGCAUGCAUGGUCAAUAGAUUCUGAAGGUGGCAGGGUGGUCAAAACCGAAUGAAAACAUUCACUCUA